AUGCUUGGAUUUCUAGCGGUUUUAUCCGUCUUUAUCCAUUUUCGAACAUUCUUCAUGAUGCCAUAUGGAAUGCCGGGCAAAGAAUGGGCAGAAGGAAACUUUCUGCGGUCGAAUAUUGUCUCCAAAUGUCAGAAAGUAGGCGAAAACUCCGAAAUCAAGGAAGAAAAAUCGGAAAAGAAUGAGCCUGAAAAAGAGAAAAUACCGUUGAAAGAAAGCUGUCUCAAUCAGACAUUUCUCUUGUUUGCCACUGUUUUUGUUGUUUAUUCGACGAGGGUUAAGGCUCUUCAAGGCUGGAUCUAUCCUUGGAUGGAGUGGUCGUACGCCAAAGUCCCGGGAGACACGGCAGAAAUUGAAGCUCAUGUUGGAAAUCUUCUCGAAAUCUACGGCCUGCUUCUUUUUGCCUCUCCACUUUUCGCCGCGCUGCCAGAACUUUUUAGCUGGAUCGGAAGCAAGUUGAAUAGAAAUGGAAUUCUCAACGGAGAUAUGAUUUCUUUGACGAUAAUCAUGAGUUAUUCAGCCAUAGCGUGCUCGGUUUGCUCGGGUCAGAUGAUGUAUCGGGCGAAGGAUUUGGACGAUAAUGCAAAUGCAUAUGCGCUGAUAGUGAUUUUUUCGAUUGCCAAGACAAUUGUUUAUGCUGCUCCGAAUAUGUUUCUUUUCUACAUGUUCCCUCCUGAGCAUUUCGGCUCUCUCUACGGCAUCCUCACCGCUCCUGGAAUCGUCACCAUGUGGUUCAUCGACCCUCUUUUCCGCCUGAUUCUUGGCGACUCGGAAAGUCUUGCUGAUGCUGAUUUCGCGCCAGUUUCGAUUGGAUUCGCCGUGCUCUGCGGAGUUGGGCUCAUUCAAGUCUUUCUACCGAAAAUUGGACUGAUUCCGGCGGCGAAAAGAAUGUGCAGGGAGAAACAAAAUCAGUCAGAAAGAACGAAGGAAGAAUCGCAUGGAAUUGAUAAUAACGGAUUCGAGUUGGAGAAAUCAGAAGACAUGUUUUGA